CAAACCAUGGGAGGCUCCUCUCCUAGACUCUGCAUCCUGAAAGCCGCGUACCUAACAGCCUGCCAUCUGGUUGCAGGGACACACCCCCGGGGGAGGAGCUGCAAUCGUGUCUGGGGCCCCAGCCCAGGCUGACUGGAGCUCCUGUUUCCACAGCUCUGCUGCCUGCCUGGGGUACCAACAUGGCCCAGAAGCCUCCCGCCUGCACCCUGCAGCCCGAGUGUGUCCAGCAGCUGCUGGUUUGCUCCCAGGAGGCCAAGAAGUCAGCCUACUGCCCCUACAGUCACUUUCCCGUGGGGGCCGCCCUGCUCACCCAGGAGGGGAGAAUCUUCAAAGGGUGCAACAUAGAAAAUGCCUGCUACCCUCUGGGCAUCUGUGCUGAACGGACCGCUAUCCAGAAGGCCGUCUCAGAAGGGUACAAGGAUUUCAAGGCAAUUGCUAUUGCCAGUGACAUGCAAGAUGAUUUUAUCUCUCCAUGUGGGGCCUGCAGGCAAGUCAUGAGAGAGUUUGGCACCAACUGGCCCGUGUACAUGACCAAGCCGGAUGGUACCUAUGUUGUCAUGACGGUCCAGGAGCUGCUGCCCUCCUCCUUUGGGCCUGAGGACCUGCAGAAGACCCAGUGAUAGCCAGAGAAUGCCCACCGCCUGUGACAGCCACCUGGAGAACUUCACAAAGAUGUCUCACAGCCCUGGGGACACCUGCCCAGUGGGCCCCAGCCCUACAGAGGCUAGGCAGAGAUGAUGUUUCCCAAUUACACUCCAGCCCAGGCCAGCACCCCUCCUAGCAACCUACCUUGGGACUUAGAACCCCACCCCGCACCCCCAGCCACCUUGCCUUUCCUUCCUGUGGGUCCUCUUUCAAAGUCCAGCCUAGUCUGGACUGCUUCCCCAUCAGCCUCCCCAAGGUUCUGUCGUGUUCCGAGCAACUUUUCUAAUUAUAAACAUCACAGAACAUCCUGAAUC